GAGAGGGAGAUAUUUUCCCGCGAGAGAAAAAAGGAGAUAAAAAGAGGCGCAGAAGUUCAAGCCAGUGGGAAUUUUCCUGGAAAAUUAAAAUUUUCGUUGAAGGUGAAGCGGGAAAAUUACCUCCGCUGUCAAAAUCCAAAGCCGGAAAAAAAAAAAGAACUAAAAAAAAUCUCCGUUUGAUUUUGAAUAAACGCGCAACAGCUCUUCUUGCAUCCGUCGAAAAGAAAACGCUCCAAAAUCGAAACUACAUUCAUUGCUUUCCUUCUCUGCAGUCGAACUACCUUCCAUCUUUAAGUGUCUUAAUCAUCUGCAUCUCUCGCUCUCCGGUUUUAAUUUGUUAGGGUUUCUUAAUUUGUACCGUUUCUUGUUCGUCACGCAAAGCCAUGAGUGAAAUCGUCAAGCGCGAACCGGCCACCAGCAGCUGUAGCAGAGCUGAGAGAAGCAUAGAUGCUUCCGUCCAAGAACUGAAGGUCGCGAAGCGUGAGCGGUUGGAUCUGAAUGCGGAUCCUGACCAGGACGAUUCGACUCAGCCCGUUACCAAUGAUCCCAGAAUCAUUCGGUCUCGCUACGUUGCCCUCAAGAGCCGCAUUAAUGACGAAAGGGAUGAUUUAUCAAGCUUGGAUUCAGAUAAGUUCAGGAACAUCAUCAGCGAAGUUGAGAAUUUGCAUCAUCUAGUUCAGAAGCCAAGGGAGCAAGUUGCAGAUGCAGAGGCUUUGCUGGACAUUGCUAACACAUUGGUUUGCUCAGUUAAAUCUCAGAGCAGUGAAGGGUUUAGCCCAUCAGAUUUUGUGUCUUGUUUGCUCAGAGAAUUUGGGCAACAAGGAAGGAGAUCUAUCACUGAGAAUGCUCAGGAUUCAAUUCUAUGGAAAGAUAUUGGGCUUGCUGUUUCACCAAUGUUUAGCAAAUACCGAGGGUGUUCCACAAUGCUUGGACCCUUGAAUACUGAGGUUAAGAAGCGGAAGGUUGCAGUUUCCAGAAGAUGUGCAAUGCCAACUAGCAGCGUUCGGCCUGAAGAGGUUGAUAAUGUGGCAGAAGAGAGAACAGACACUGACAAGAAUAUGUCAACCAUGUUUGACAUAUUAAGGAAGAAGAAGAUUGUUAGACUUGAAAGUUUAAUGUUGAAUAGAAAAUCAUUUGCCCAGACAGUGGAAAAUCUGUUUGCUCUUUCUUUCCUAGUUAAAGAUGGCCGGGUUGAAGUAAGUUUGGAUGAUAAGGGCUCCCAUUUUGUUUCUCCAAGGAAUGCCCCUGCUGCCAAUUCCAUAUUGUCGAGGGAGGUUUCUUAUUCUCAUUUCAUGUUCAGAUUUGAUUUCAACGACUGGAAGUUGAUGAUGGACUUGGUGCCGGUUGGAGAGGAAUUGAUGCCACACAGGUGUGGGUCAAACAUUUCAGGUGCUUCUCAGGCUGAUUCUGUCCCAAAUCAUUCCCAAGCAACAUUACCCGCAACACCAAUCAUAACAUUCUCUAGAAACCGUGGCCGGGUUGUGCAAGAAAAAUUGGUAGUACAAAACCUUUCUGAAAUUGGCAAUGUUGCUGCUGCAGGAGACGAUGCCAUCCACGGGUGCAAGCGUAAGCUCUCCCAAUGAGAAAAUUCGUUUAUUAGAGUGUCAUCAUGUGCAGAUUCAAGUUCCCUUUUUGUCCAGAAGCUCUCUGCAAAAUUUCUGUAAGUUGACUUGUUUUGUGAGUAGCUCUUCAUUUUGGGUUUUAUAGGGCGUGGAUCUUUUGUUUCAUUUCUUUUUCAAUGUAAUGUUCAAGGUUAUUUUUAUGGGUUUCAGAAUGUAAUUUAUGGAAGUUGAUUGCUCACUAGUUAUAGUUCUUACUAACUAUAAAUCAAGUAACUUAUGCUUUGUAUUCCUUUUGUAAAGAAAUGGGAGUUUUAGCAUUGUUUGUUUGGUGGA